AAAUGCCACGUUCUAGUAAAUGCAUGCAUAGCGGAAACCAUGUGGCUGAAAUCAACACUGCAAAUGAAGAUUACCCACUAUAUAUAUCUCGCUCGAGCUAUAGCUUUUCAUCAGUUUGUAAUCUUUUCUGACAAUUUGUAGAGGAAAUCAGAAGUGAAAAAUAUGGCAAGCCAAGGACAUGAGGAUAUCGCAAACAAGGCAGGCGAACUGAAGGGUCAAGCUCAGGUGAAGAAGGAUGAGCUUGUGAACAAGGCAUCAGAUGCGUCUCAAACUGCAACAGACAAGGCGUCUAGUAUCACUGGAUCCGCCAAAGAGUCUGCUUCUGAAACCACCGGGCAAGCUUCCAGCUUUAUUCAACAGACUGGGGAGCAAGUGAAAAGCAUGGCUCAAGGAGCAGCUGAGGCAGUGAAGAACACACUGGGAAUUAAUAAGGAUUAACCAACCCAUGCCAGUAGAAGAAUAAUGUUGUUAAAGAAAUUUGUUUUUUUUAUCUUUGGUUUUAGCCAAAGCUAGUUCUGUGACAUGCGUUUUGGUCAUGGGCAUAAUUUGCUAUCUCCUAGGCUCCUAGUAGACGCAAUUUUUAUUUUCUUUUAAUCCAGCUUGUUUCGUGAUCAGUUGUAACAAUCUUGUGAUUCCUUUUCAAUAAUUCCCAUGAGAAUAAAAUUUUUAUUUAUGCAUUAAGAA